AUGGGAUUGGAACCGUCGAGGUAUCAGGACCCGCGGACGUGGAAGAUGACCCCCGCGAUGUUGCGUGCGAGGAGACCCUUCUUUGCAAGGAACAUGGCCGCGUUGGUGCUCCUGUUGGGCACCACGAGUGCGAUAUACACGUACACGUACGGGUUCCUGCACAGGGACAACGACUUCGUGGACGUGCCCAUUCCACCGGUGGACGAGGGGGAACUGGAGCAGUUGAAGCAGGAGUACGCUGCACACUUGGAGAGCAAGAAGUGA